AUGGCGCAUUCUAUUCCUCCAGGCGAUAUUCUUACGCAGCCUACUACAAAAAUAGUUUUUAAUGCCCCAUUCGAUGAUAAACAUACCUAUUAUAUCAAGAUCAUGAAUGGUGGGGGUCGCCGUAUCGGGUGGCUGAUCAAGACAACGAAUAUGAAGCGAUUAAAUGUCGAUCCACCAUGUGGAAUUUUGGAACCAAAAGAAAAUGUCAUCAUGGCUGUUUCUUGUGAGCCGUUCAAUGCAGCAUGUUCAACUGUGAUGGCACAGACCAUUCCUCCGGGAGAUAUUAUUACGCAGCCAGCGGCAAAAAUUGUAUUCAAUGCUCCAUUUGACGACAAACAUACAUAUCAUAUUAAGAUCAUAAAUACUGGAAGUCGUCGUGUUGGCUGGAUUAUGAAGACAACAAAUGUGAAACGGUUGAGCGUUGAUCCACCUUGUGGAAUUUUGGAAGCGAAAGAAACUAUUAUCAUGGCAGUCUCCUGUGACCCAUUCAAUGCUGCCACUGAAAAUCUAACCAACGAUCGCAUUACAAUCGAAUGGGCAAAUGCACCAGAAGAUGGAUCCAAAAAGUUUCAUCGUGAAUGGUUCCAAGGCGACAUUAUGAUCCGUCGCAGAAAUCUACCAAUUGAAUAUAAUGUCUAA